CAACCGUCUCCUAGUUUAGUCUCCUAAUAACAGCAUACAAACUAACAGUGAUCCUUAAUCAAAUUGAAGAUGUAUGCAAAGGGAAGAAUCGAUCAGAAAAACUUACCCUUUUGGUGGCAGCAAGAGAACUGGAUGCUGCUGAUUGUAUUGCACCAAAAACAAACCAUGUAAAUGGGAAAGUCAUUAUUGCAGUAGUAGACAAUCCAUGGAUGGGGUUUUUGGCCUUAGUUGAUGGCUCGAAUGAAUCGCCAUCAUAUAUACAACGUUCAUCAUCAUUUCAGGACUUUUUCCGCUUCUUCAGUUCCUUGAAUGAAUCAAAUUCUUCAUAAGAGAGUUUCUUUCUUUCUUUCUUUCUUUCUCUUUGGCAUCAUGAGUCCCCAACUGCAAUCAUUGCCAUGGACAAACAAAGAAGGAGCUCUCCCUCUCCUUCUCUAUCUAAUGCACACCCCAUCACCCCACUACUAUAUAGCUAAUCAAUGCACUCACAACCCAUUCUUCGUUCAUCCCAGUAGUUAUAGCCAUUCUGCAGAUCCCUUACCUAAAACCCAAUUUCCUCCCAUUUCUCCCACAUUUGUAGAGAGGAAUCAUGUGCAUCAUGAGGGAAGAAAGGUCCCCUUCUCCUAUGGAGGUUUCAAAAAGAAGGCAUCAACCCAAGAAACCUAAACUUCAAGUCAUUGGGCUCACCAGAAACAGGAGAAGGAGUGGUGAGGGAUACAAGGACAUGGAGCUGAAGAACGUGAAACUAUAUUUGCAGAAUCGAACCAUCUUCGAAGAGAAUGAGAAGCUGAGGCAGAAAGCUUACCUUCUCCUCGGGGAGAAUCUAGCUCUAACGAGGGAGCUCCAAAACAAGUUUCCUCAUUUGGAUCACUGCUCCACGACUCUUGUACAGAAACAAUAGUUACUGCCAAGAAAAAGGAACUGCCUUUCUACCAAUCCCUUUUCACUAGCUCCAGCCUCUAUGUAUUAUGAAUCAUCAGAAGUAUUAGUUUUGAUGAUUAUACAUAGCAUUCAUGCUUAUGCCUGCUCUGCUAGAGAAGUAAUGAAGUGCAUGCAAGUCUUCAGGUUAACUUGUUGUGUUGCUGGUCUAUAAGGAGGCUACACCAACUCAGCAAUCUAAUGUCUCGUAUAUGCUUUGAUCAGUUUUAUCAAAAGAAAGAGGUGAUCUUUCCAU